CACGAAGAAUUUCUCAAUUAAAACCGCCUUUUGCUCUCUUUUUCACUGUUCCCUUGGCCCAAGUCCCUUUCCCUCCCGUCCCUUCUCUCCGCCGUUCCGCCACGACAAUGGUCGUUUUGGGGAGCUCCUCGCGGUCCUUCGAGGCGCUUCUUAAAUUAGACAGGGAAGCCAAAACCUAAGUGCCCGAACCGCAGAGCACGAGUCUCUCUCUCUCUUUCAAACUCUGCCAUCUUAAUCUUCUUCUGAAGACCUAUACAGCGAGGGAGGGGCUAGGGUUUUACGCUUUUCUUCAGCCAGCCAUGUUCGAAGGAGUUGUCAGCCAGGUGCUCAAAGGAUUUGUCAGCCAGGUGCUCGAGGGCUAUCUCGGCGGCUACGUGAAGGGCAUCCAAAAAGAUCAGCUCAAAAUUGGCAUUGGACAAAUAUUAUUGGAGAAAGUAGAGCUAAUACUUGAAGCCUUUGACUAUCUGCAGCUGCCUUUUGCACUGAAGAAUGGACAAAUCGGGAAGUUGAGCAUUGAAAUUCCUUGGACAAGUUUGGGACGGGACUCUAUUAGGGUUGUGUUGGAAGAUGUCUACAUAUGUGCCUGCCAGCGAGAUGAUAAUGAGUGGACUUCAGAUUCAGUGGGAAAAAGGGAGUUAGCUGGCAAAAUGGCCAAACUUAAUGCAGUAGAAUUGGCAAAAUUUUCCAAGCGAGUGUGUGACAAUCAGGCUGGCCAAUCAUUUAUUUCGUACAUUUCUGCGAAGAUUCUUUACAGCAUCCAAGUUUCAGUACGGAAUGUUCAUAUUGUAUACAUUGAUUCUCAUAAUAAUCAGGAAAAUUUUAUAUUUGGCUUAAGAUUUUCAAGUCUUACAGUAAUGACGGAUACAUGGAAGCAGAGUUUUACUGGGUCUUCAAUGGGGAAAUCAAGAGGCAGCCAAGUUGACAAGGCUGUUGAAAUAUCAAAUGUCGGACUUUACUGUAACUUGUUAGAGGAAACCCAAAACUUGUCUGGUAUUAAUGAUGCUACUGACCCCCAGCUAUGCUGUAAUUUGAACUUUGAGUCUGAGAGAUGUGACUAUAUAAUACAUCCAUUUGAGGUUAAAGUUUUUCUGCAGACAAACAAAUCUGGAAAGCUUGAUGGUGUGCCUCAAUAUGACGUCACUGCUGAGCUAACUACCUUGGUUGUCUCAUUGAAUGAGGUUCAGUUGCAACAGAUUUUAAGUCUCUGGGAUUACUUCUCCAUUUGUGCUCUUAGAAAAAAAUAUGGACGGUACCGUCCCUCUCAGAGCUUGUUGUCAAGGAAGCAUAAAGGAUGGCAGAAAAUGUUCUGGCACUAUGCACAAGAAUCUGUUUUAGCAGAUGUUCGUCAAAGAUUAAGAAAGACUUCUUGGAGCUAUCUUGGUAGACGAAUAAACUACCGCCGGAAAUAUGUCAAUUUGUACAAAAGAAAGCUGGAAUUACUCCAAGAAGAGCAGCAUGUCAAUGAAGACAUUCUACAAGAGCUAGAAAAGAUGGAUAAAGAGUGUGAUAUUGAUGAUAUCCUGAGCUACAGGUCUAUGGCAGAGCAGCAAUUGCAGGAUUUAUUAUUGAAGUCAAGGUCUCGUACUAUAGCAACAAGUGAUGCUAAAUCUGCUGAUGAGAAGGACCAAAAUGGGGAACAAUCUUCAAGUAGAGCACGUGGAUGGUUAAAUUGGUUGUCCCUUGGCAUGCUUGGAGCUGGUGGAACAGCUGACACCAGUUCAUUUGCUGGUGUUGUUUCAGAUGAAAUUAUCAAGGAUAUUUAUGAGGCAACUGAGUUUCAUCCGGUGGCUGCUUCUGACGGGGAUCUUCCAAAUAAGGAUAAAUGUUUUUCAUCUUCCAUCAAACUCAACGUUAGCCAAAUUAUCACUUCAAUCAGCAUAAAGACAUUUGAUAGGAAGAUUGCUAAAGCGAUAUUCAGUGGAACCAGUGUUGAUUGUAAAUUUUGGAAAGAAUCAGCUGCCAUUCUUGCAUCGAUAAUUUCUUUAAAGAUUGUUAACCCAUGCAAUGAGGAGAUCAUGCUAAUGGCUAAAAAGGCUAUUCUUUCGGAGAUAUCAACAGAGCAUACACUGCCCUUUGUUAAUGUGCAAAUUAGUGUGCCACAUGCCAACCAAAACUUUGCAGUUUCAAUAAAGGCUGUGAUCCAACCAUUUGAAGCUACUUUUGAAUCAGAAUUCUUUCUGUACCUGGUGCAUUUUUAUCAUGUUAUUGCUUCGUUUGAGUUCCAGCACAAUAGGGUAAUAAAAAAAUCAAGGUUGCUGAUGGAUCUUUUUCGGCAUAUGCUGGGAAGGGUUCGAUCAUGGAUCUGCCAACGGGGAGGACGAUUGGUAUUGCUAGAGAAAGAGGAGGAUUUUAUUUCCUUGAAGAUGGAUCACGAUCUGGUAUUGUCUUCUUUUAAUGGACUCAAAAAUUUUAAGGCUAGAUUGCUGUCAAAAGCUAACUACUUUGCUUAUAACCAUAAGAAGUUGUUCUGGGAUGUGACUUUCCAUGAUGUUAUCCUAAAAUUUCCAUUGAAGAAUGAAGAUUUAGAAUACAUUGUUAUGGUUUUGGAAUUAGAUGCAUUGUUCUUUAGAUCCAGGUUGAAGACUGAUAAUGGUUCUUCAUUAUUGGAUUAUAUGUCAGAAGCCUGUGUUGUAGAAUUUGCAGAUGAUACUCCAGGAAAUUUUCAAGUUGAAGACUUCUAUGAUAAUCUUGAGAUUGGACUGACUGGUUUUGAGAUCUACAGGUUGAUGCCUAAUGUUUCCAAAGUUUCUAUUAUUGAAAAAUUUAAUGCUUCUGUUAUACUAUGGCUUUGCAUCUUCUCAGAUGAACGAAUGCUGAAACAGUUCAAGGUUGAAUGCACCAUGCCAUCAAUUGGUAUGCACUUCUCUCAGGCAAUUUAUAGUACUCUUGUUGGAGCAAAUGAAAUGCUGUUAGAAAGAAAAUUUACAGUGGCAGGGGAUGUUCCACAUGCUGCUGAGAUUGAUAAUCCAGAUGAUCCCUGUUCCAUUCAGUUCUCUGUGACUGUCAAGUUGGACAAGUUGAAUCUUCAUGUUGACCUUGAAGAUGAUGCAGACAGUAGUUCGAUUGUCUCUAUUAUUGGAGGUGAUAUAGACAUCAGGUUUGCUCUACAAGAGUCUAUCGAAUUUUGGAUCCUUAUGAAGAUGUUGAAAGCUGAUACCUUUAACAUCAAGGAUGAAUCUGACAAAAGCACAUUGUUCUCAUCAAGAAACGUUUCUGGUAGCAAACUGCAAGGAGUUGCCUGUAGCGACAUUUCUUCUGCAGAGGGUUGCUUGCAGUUGCAUUAUGAAACUAGACAAGAUGAAUUUAUAGUUCACCAUGAAUGCAGUCUGUGUGUCAAUGAUAUAGAUCUUCAUAUCAGUCCUAGAAUUACUGGUUUGUUCCACAAGUUUUUUGAAAGACUUAAUUUGCAGUCUUCUUCAACUAGUGAUAUUGAGAGAUCCUUUAGACAGAACCAUAAAUAUAAGAAUAUUAGCAUGGCUGAAGUUGAGCUUUCUGAGUUUGGCUUCUCUAACUAUUAUGGUACUGAACGAUCUGCCAGCAUUCCUAUCGACCAAUUUCCUUUUGUAUCUCUCAGAAAUUCAUGCUUUCUAAACAGCAUUGAAGGAUCGCUCAUGCGUGAUAUAUCUGAGUUGAGGUGUUUAUAUGUGAAGGAAAGAGAAUCUCCCAGAGGGCUAAAAUUAAAUGUCAGGAAGAGGUCAAUCAUGAAACUGUCAAGUAGUGACACUACUAAUUUUUCUGAGAAUUGUUACUACGAUAAUUUAAUUAUUCUGCAUUGUAGUCUAAAUGGAGUUCGGGCACACUUCCAUGAUUCUUCCUGCAUCUUAGGAACAGUUACCGUGCCUGCAUCUGUAUCUUUCUUAACAUGUCAAGGCACUGACUACUGGGAGUUACUAUUUUCUGUUGAGGGGUUAAUACUUUCAUCAUCUUGGUCUUCCAUUAGUAACCAUGAGCUACUUUGGGGGCCAUCUUCACCAAGUUGUACUUCUGUACUGAAUAUUCGAGCAAGAAAAGAAAAGAGGGACACAUUGCUUCCUGUAAUUGAAAUUAGUUUUGGCAUUCAGCAUGUUUGCUGCAUAUUACCAUCUGAAUUUCUUGCUUUAGUGAUUGGUUACUUUUCUUUGCCUGAAUGGACUGCUAAAGGAAAUGAGCAUUGCACUACUGGAAGUGAGGACUUAGACAAUGCUCAAAGUGUACAUGCCAAUCUCAUAUACAAAUUUGAGAUACUUGAUUCCACUCUGAUCUUACCUUUGGAAAGCCAUACAUACUACUGUCUACAACUUGGAUUUCCACAGUUAAUCAGCAGUUUCAUUCCUAUGAGUAAUUCAGCAGAUGCUGCUCAGGACAUUCCUUUUGAUUGCUUGAUUCCAGACUGUACAGUUGCUGAUAAAACUGAUGUUAUCAAUAUAUUUGGAAGAAGUGCAUAUUUAUCUCUGUUAUUGCUUGAGAAUCAUACAAAUUUCUCAUUAAAGAUUGAUGAAUAUACAUCCAAGAGAAAUAUCCCUCUUAUUGCACAGUUGGAUGCUGAUAUGUGGAUUCGGAUACCCUAUAAAACAAAGUAUUCUUCCAAACAAUUUGCUUUGCCCACUCUGAUCAUGAUGAGUGCGGGCGUUUGUAAGUUGAUCUCUGAAGAUGACAACUUUUUUUCCGGAGUUAAGGCAGCUGCUGGUGUUUUUGAUCAGUUUUCGUCCGUUGGCAAAGAAUCUGAAAUGUACAAUUUUGAUGUCUUGCAGUUUUUGAAACUCAAGAAAUCUCUUAAAGAGGAUGAUGCUGUUUUUCUUGACAUUUCAAAUGAAUCAAUUGUUAACAUGAAAUUUUGUGUCAAGGCACUUUCAGUAAUGUUCUCUUGCUUGAAGAUAGAAGAUGCUAGUUCCUCGGAGAUCAUUGCAAAAGCAGACGUGCAACUUAAUUUAUCUGCCAUAUUUAGAAAUGACAUUCCACAUUCUAUUGAUGUUGAUAUCCCAUGUCUAGUUCUCCAUUCCGUCCGCAGCUAUGUUCCAUUAGUAUCAUUUGUCUCCGACAAUUCUAAUUCUUCGAAUCUUUGCAUCAAGUUCUCUAGUUCUGGCAGGGGAGAACCAGCACUUGUGGUUGCUGUACCUUCUCUUGAUAUUUGGUUAGAUUUGUCAGACUGGAGUAGUAUCAUUGAUCUUCUCUAUUCUUAUACAAGGCACUCUGCCAGUACAUCAUGGUCAUCAGAUGCAAAUGUGCAAUCUGGAUCUCAUAUACUUCCAGACCCUUUUGUUUCACCUGGUUCUGCAUCUAAAAAUAGCACGCAGGAAGAUGUUAAUUUGACCAUCAAGUCUGAGAAUAUUACAAUUUCAUUGCACUUACCUAUCUGGGACAAGGAGGAAGACUUUGUAAAAUCUGAAAGGAAUCAAGUGCAGGGACUUUAUUUUCAGGAGUUCUCAUACCAUAAAUUGGUAGAGAGUGUACUGUCUUCUAAAUCAAACCACUGCAAGCAUGUAAAGCUUACGUUUCAGAGUAAAAAUUCUGAAUUGGCCUUAGGUAAGAGCUAUGUGAUAUUGACAUGUAACUUGGAAAAGGUGAAGGUGAUGCUGGAGAUGGUUCAAAACCAUAAAGCUAUUUCAAUUCCAUUUAUACAUAUAUCCCAGGUUGAAGUUGGGGCUAGUUUAUAUAAAAUGGAUAGAGAAUUGUUGCAGAUCUUUGUUGAAGUUCAAGUUGAAUCCUUAGAUGUGGGAUUUUCACAUCAAAUUUUCAAUUUCUGGAGUUGCAGUCAUUUUAAAAUUCCAGAAACAACUUCCCGUAUUUCGCACCAUUAUGUUGCUUUUAAACUUCAUUUACGGAAGGGCUCUUUGCUGUUAAGUGAUGGAAGGUGGAGCUGUCAUGGACCAAUCCUAGAGACUUUGAUGAAGAAUAUACUAGUUGAAUUCAGGAGAACGGAAGAUGUCUUGGAAGGUUUAGCUGAUGCAGAUCUCGUGGUUAACUACAAUAACAUCGACAAGGUUAUGUGGGAACCUUUUAUAGAGCCAUGGAGCUUUCAAGUAAAAUUAAUAAGAAAAUAUGCUGGGCAUGCCCUUCUGGAUGCAUCAACAAUUACAGAUGUGUAUCUGAAAUCAACAAAUCAGCUCAAUUUGAACAUAACAGAACCUUUGAUUGAGGCCAUUUUUAGAUUAAAUCAAAUGAUCAAGGAUGCUUUGAAUCAGAAUGGAGCAGAUGAGUUUCCAGGAAAUCAGGAAAUCUCUGGAUUUCAAAACACCGAUGAAAUACAUACCAGAAGAUAUGCCCCUUACAUUCUCUGCAAUGAUACAUCCUUGCCAUUAACAUUUCAUGUAUUCCGAGGUCCUGUUAAUACAGGAAAUGUGGACAGUUUUCCAAAUAAAGACAGGAAUACUGUUCAACCAGGUUUUUCAGUUCCAAUUUAUGUUGAACCAACUCUUGAUGAACAUUUUCUUCAACAUAGGACUUAUUCCUGCGAAAGACUUAUCGAGAAAAAGAUUAGUGCUGUGGCACAUCAUAUGAUCUCCAUUCAAUUUGAUGGAACUUCUGGUCCUUCCCGACCAAUGUCGAUGGACCUUGUGGGCAUUAGCUACUUUGAGGUAAAUUUCUCUCAAGGUAAGCAGUCAGCUUUUACAGAAGCAGACAGAGGUAGUGAUAUCCCAGAACAUGGUCAAAAAAAUGACGAACGAUAUAGAAGUGAUCAGAACAAUGGAUUAGUUGUUCCUGUGGUCUUUGAGGUUUCUAUGCAGCAUUAUAGCAAGAUGAUACGAUUGUAUUCCACCGUUAUACUCUUAAAUGCAACAUCAGUGCCCUUAGAGCUACGUUUUGAUAUCCCCUUUGGUGUUUCUUCAAAGAUCCUCGGACCGAUAUUUCCAGGCCAAGGGAUUCCAUUGCCGCUGCAUUUGGCUGAGGCAGGACAUAUUAGGUGGCAUCCAGUUGGAACUAAUUAUUUGUGGAGUGAAGCAUAUUCACUAUCAAAUAUGCUUUCACCGGAAAAUAGGCUUGGGUUCAUGAGAUCAUUUGUGUGCUAUCCUUCACAUCCCAGCAGUGACCCAUUUCGCUGUUGCAUAUCGAUUCAAGAUUAUAGUUUGUCUCCAUUGGGUGCUACAAGAAAAUGCUCAUCACUUAAUAUUUGUGGGACUGAGCAACCAACUGUAAAAGAUAAUGGUCCAAGAAUAUUUGAAUCAAAUUUUACAAAGAAACGUCAUAUACGCCAUGUGAUUUUGACAACUCCUUUCUUGGUGAAAAACUAUCUUCCCACAUGCUUAUCAUUGAUGGUGGAUAGUGGUGGAAAUAAGCAUUCCAUUUCCCUUUCAGAGGUUGAUACUGCUUCUCUUUUCAUUGUUGAUUCAGCACAUGAUCUGGGAAUCACAUUUUCUAUACAAGGAUUCAGGCCUAUCAGCUCCAAAUUUCCUCGUGCAGAAUCAUUUUCUGCUUUGGCCAAGUUACAUGGCUCCAAAUUCUCUUUAUCCGAGACUCUGACCUUCUAUUCUAAUAAUACUUGUAGUGGUCCUAUAUAUGUGACACUAGACAAGUCUAUGGAUGCAUUCUGUGGUGCACGCGAGAUAUGCCUAUCUGUUCCAUAUUUGCUGUAUAAUUGCACGGGUUUGUUGCUUACAAUUGUGGACAGUUCCCAUGAAAGAAAUGGAAGUGCCUUUGUUAUUCCUUCAAAUUACUAUGUGGUUGGGCAUAGACAACUUUCAUCUGAGGAGCAUGGCCUCGCCUUUCUAUCUUCUGAGAUAGAGUCAUCUGCUGGUCCUGUGGAUAUUAAUAACUCUGUGAACUCAUUAAAAAACUUUGCUAUAUCUGCACAAGAGAAUUACAAUAUGUACUCAUAUAGGCCUUUAACCAGCCAUUUCCCAUCUAAACUUUCUUAUGGGAAUUCCACAGAUGGUAUAGAAGCUUCUCACUACAGUUUGACUGACAGUGGAAUUUCAAGAGAUCCAGUUUGUUCAUCGAGAAAGAUUGGAGAUGGUGCUCCCUUUGUGCAAAAUGUAGUGAACGGAAGGGCAAAGGCGUACAUGUAUGCUCCUUGUGGUCAUAUUCCUGUUACUGAACUUUCAGUUAGAUUGAGUGCAUCUUUACCACAGAACAAAUCUGAAAAUAGCAGUAGACCAAUUUGGUCAAAUCCAUUCCCUCUUGUCCCAGCAAGUGGCUCAACAAAUGUGACUAUCCCUCAACCAGAUGCCUCUGGUGCUUUCUUAAUUUCUGCUAUAUCAAUACCUGUUGCUGGAGAACUAUCAGGGAGGACAAGGGCUAUUACUUUCCAACCAAGAUAUGUCAUCUGUAAUGCAUCCAACAAGGACUUGUGCUAUAGACAGAAAGGAACAAAAAUGCUUCAUCAUUUGGGUGUUGGACAACAUUCUCAUCUUCACUGGUCUGACACAACAAGAGAAUUGCUUGUUUCCAUUCGGUUCAGUGAACCAGGAUGGCAAUGGUCAGGCAGCUUCGUUCCUGAUUGCCUUGGAGAUGCUCAAGUGAAAAUGCGAAAUUAUGUUUCUGGUGCAUCAAACAUGGUUCGAGUUGAAGUACAAAAUGCUGAUUUGGCCAUCAGUGAUGAAAACCUCAUCAAGAAUUCUGAUAGAAAUAAUGUGACACAGCUGAUUCUUUUAUCGGAUGACAAGACUGGCUUCAUGCCAUACAGGAUAAACAAUUUCUCGAUGGAGAGGUUACGAAUCUACCAACAAAGGUGCGAAUACUUCGAAACCAUCGUGCAUUCCUACACAUCUUUUCAAUAUGCUUGGGAUGAACCAUGCUACCCUCAUCGUCUUGUUGUUGAGGUGCCUGGAGAGCGAAUUUUGGGAACAUACAGUCUUGAUGAUGUAAAAGAAUUUGUGCCUGUGUACUUACCUUCAACAUCUGAGAAACCUGAAAGAAGACUUUAUAUCUCUGUACAUGCUGAAGGAGCAAUUAAGGUUCUCAGUAUUGUCGAUUCAGGUUAUCAUAUCGUGAGAGAUAUGAAAGAAACUAGCUUUUUUGGAUUCAAAGAAAAAAAGAAUGUUGAUCAAAAGCAGGAUUGUCCUGCCAAUUUCACUGAAAUGGUUACAUUACAUCUGCCAUUUCUUGGGAUCUCCUUAAUCAACUCUUCUCCGCAGGAAUUGGUUUUUGCAUGCGCAAAGGAAAUCACAGUUGUUGUAAUGCAAAGUUUGGAUCAGCAGAAGAUUUCAUUCAAAAUCUUAUCUCUGCAAAUUGAUAAUCAGUUGCCUGUUACUCCAUAUCCUAUUAUGCUAUCAUUUGAUAACGAACAUAGAGGACGAUCAAUGAGUUUCUUGAAAAACAAAGAUAAUAAGUUAAGAUUCCAGAAUGAAAAUAUCAGCACUUCUUCAUGUGACAGUUCGCUUGAACCAAUGUUUUACUUAGCUGCAGCCAAGUGGAGGAAUACAGAUGCAUCAUUGGUGUCCUUUGAAUAUAUAAAUUUAGGUUUGGCCCCUCUUUGUAUCGAGCUGGAAGAGCAAGUUCUCUUGAGUUUGUUCGAAUAUUUUAGAACUGUGUCUUCUAGAUUGCAGAGCAGAAGCUUACAGAAAAGUUUUGAACUGCGGACUUUUGACGAUGGUACAGAUGUUCUGAUAGAGUGCCCAGUUCUUGAUUACAAGUGUAGAAGUUCUGAAUUUGUGGAAACCCCGACAAAGAGUGGACUAUUACCUUCUGUUGUUCCAAUUGGAGCUCCAUGGCAACAGAUUUAUCUUUUAGCAAGAAGGAAGAAGAAGAUGUAUGUGGAGGUGUUUGAAUUGGAUCCUAUUGUGCUGUCUUUAAGUUUUUCAAGCACUCCAUGGAUAAUUAGGAACGAAGUUCGUGGAGAUUUGGAACCUUUUAUUCACAUCACCAGCACUACAUUUCAGAGAGGUUUGAUGGCCCUUGUCGAUGUUGAAGGAGUGCCUGUUCAUCUUAAACAACUAAUGCUAGGGCAUCUUAUGGCUAGCUGGGAAUCAAUCCAAGAGAUCCUCAUUAGACACUAUACGAGGCAGUUGCUUCAUGAAAUGUAUAAGGUUUUUGGUUCUGCUGGUGUUAUAGGAAAUCCUAUUGGCUUUGCAAGGAAUGUUGGUCUUGGUGUCAGGGACUUUCUAUCUGUUUCUGGCAAGGGAAUUUUACAGAGCCCAGGUGGACUAUUAACUGGUAUUGCACAUGGUUCAAAGAGUCUUCUUAGUAGCACAGUCUAUGCCAUAAGCAGUGCUACUACUCAGUUCAGUAAAGUUGCUCAUAAGGGUAUUGUUGCUUUUACAUUUGAUGAACAGUCUGUGUUUGAAAUGGAUGAACAGCAGAAACAUCCAGAUUCACAUGGAAAAGGUGUUUUAAAUGAAUUCUUAGAGGGUCUUACCGGACUACUUCAGUCCCCAAUCAGAGGUGCUGAAAAGCAUGGCCUCCCUGGAGUUCUUUCAGGAAUAGCAAUGGGAACUGCUGGACUGGUGGCAAGGCCAAUGGCUAGCAUUCUUGAAGCCACAGGAAAAACAGCACAAAGCAUCAGAAAUCGUAGCAGCCCCCACCAAUCCAGCCGCUUCCGUAUCCGGUUCCGAAGGCCUUUAGCUAGAGAACUUCCCUUGUCACCGUACUCAUGGGAGGAAGCAAUUGGGGUGUCAAUGCUUCUACAAGCGGAUGGCUCCAGACUAAAGGACGAGAUAUUUGUCAUGUGCAAAAUGCUCAAACAUGCGGGGAAGUUUGUUAUCGUCAGUAAGAGGCUUGUUUUGAUUGUUUGGUGCUCUUGUUUGGUGAGCUUGCGCUUGCCAGACUUUCCUGGUGUUCCUCCUGAUCCAAGGUGGGCUAUAGAAACAGAAAUGACUCUGGAGAGCGUAGUCCACGUAGAUAGGACAGAGGAGAUGGUGAACAUUGUUGGAAGCAAAGCGGAAACGCUACCUAAGCAGAAAAAGCAUAGCAUGAGGAAUAGACGUUGGGUUCCCCCCACAUCAGCGCCUCUUUUUCAUUUGAGUGUUGAAUUACCAAACAAGGAAGAAGCUGAGGAUACUCUACAGGUUUUGUUGUCUGCAAUUGAGCAAGGGAAAUUGCAAAGGAGGGGGGUGCACAUGUUUCACCGGAAUAAUCUCAGAUGAAAAGUAAGAUGAAUGACGGCUUGUUUCGUCAAAGAACUGAAUUUUACACCUUAAUGCCUGACCGGCUGAUGAGUGCGUUGUACCUUUUUCUACGUCAAACAUUGGUUGAUAGCAAGUCUGUUGCAAAGAUUGCAUGAUAUGCCAACUGUAUAUAGUCGAGAGUGGAAGAAAAACAUCAAAGAUUGUGUACAAAUGAAAAUGCAAUUCAAACUUAUUGUACGGUAUGUAAAGCAUUUAAACAACUUUUUGGCAUUAGGAUAUAUAACAAUCUGGCUAGUAAAUACUUGUGAGGGAAAAUUGAUGCAACUAAGUAGAUGGCAGGUAUUUGUAUUAAUACAGUUGCUCAAUAAAGACAAAUGGGUAGCUUGCGAA